AUGGUUGCAUACCGUAUCCUGUUCCUGGCCGGCGCCGCCGCCGCUCUGCCUUUGAACAUCAACCUCGGAGCAUACUCCCCGGCGUUGGUAGUGGGUGAUGGUGAAAUUAGCUUCGGAGGUAAUCAAGACGUGUCCGGCCUGAUGAAUGUCCUUGAGGGCGCAGCAGUCAACGCAGCAAAUGGAGCAGCGACUAAUGGUGCCGCUCAAGGUGCCGCUGAAGGCCAGGCUCAAGCUCCUGCUGCCCAACCCGCACAAGCACAGCCCGCGGCUGCUCAGCCCGCAGCUGUGCCUGCAACUGCCGCAACUGGGUCUGCCUCAACCGCCUCGGUGGAUCCUACCCUUCAGCAGCAGGCUCAGCAAAUCGCCGCGCUCCAGGGCAUGGGCAAGGAGAUCGCCCCCCGAGAUGAAGGAGAGACACCGAGCAUCGCCAAGCGUCAGACCGGCUUCGACCGCGCCCUGCAGUACGCUGAGGCUGCCCUGGUCAAGGGACCCAAGGUGCAACUCGGAACUGGUGAGGGCGGUGCUGGUGUCGGUAUGAUUAUCGACAACAACCCUCAGGCCGCCGCCCGUCCAGGCACUGGAGCCUCCGAGGGCGCUGCUGUCGCUGCCCCUGCCCCCGCUCAGGGUGCCGCCGUCGCCGGGCUCAAGAGGCGUGACCUGGCUGCCAGCCAAAAGGUCAAGGUCACCACCAUGUACGUCCGCUCCGGCGUUCCUCCCUCCCUUCAGAACGGCGGUAACAAGAUGAGCGCCCGCGAUGUCCCAAUCGAGCCUCGAGUCCAGACAAUCCAGAUCGCACCGAACAAGAGGGACGCAAGCCCCAGUCCCAGCCCCAACGGCAUUGACGCUGUCAACCUGAACGUCGAUGGUGAGCAAGGCAUCACGAUGACCUUCGUUGAGACCGUUGAGGACGCCAACGAGGAUGGAGAGUGA